AUGGAUGCGCAAGAUGUUUCCGCUGGAAUUUUUCUGCUACUUUUCGGAAUCAUGGGAUGCGGAUUGUAUUUUUUGAUCGUUUUUUCCAUGUGGAGAAUGGCUUCGGAAAUUGUGGGAUUCAGAUUUUUGAUCUCGCAAGCUCUCACCGAUAUUUUGCUCAUGAUUCAGGUAAAAAUUUGGGAUCUCUAGAAAAUUUGCAAAAAAAUGAGCCCAAAUUUGAUAUAUUUUCAAAAAGUUCCCACCGGGGAUUGAUCCCCUGACCUUUUUCUUGGCAAUUUUUUAAUUCCUCUUGAAAUUCUGAAUCGAAAGAGUGGUCACAUGAUAUAUUUUUGAAAAAAAAAAUUUUUUUUGCAAUAGUUCCCAGCGGGGAUCGAUCCCCUGACCUUUUUCUUGACAAUUUUUGAAUUCUUCUUGAAAUUUUGAAUCGAAAGAGUGGUCACAUGAUAUAUUUUUUUCAAAAAAAAAAAUUUUUUUUUGCAAUAGUUCCCACCGGGGAUCGAACCCUUGACCUUUUUCUUGCCAAAAAAUCAAUAAUUUUAGGAAAAUGUGAUGUUUUUUUGCUCAAAACACCAAAAAUCUUCGUGAAAUUCGAUCCUCUAAUGUUAAAAAAAAGCAUGUCAUUUGAAAAUUACUGUAGUUUUUUUCCAAGAAAAAGGUCAGGGGUUCGAUCCCCGGUGGGAACUAUUCUAAAAAAAAAUUUUUGUUUUUUUUUCCAAAUAUAUAUCAUGUGACCACUCUUUCGAAUCAGAAUUCCAAGAGGAAUUCAAAAAUUGUCAUGAAAAAGGUCAGGGGAUCGAUCCCCGGUGGGAACUAAUAAAAAAUGUUUGAUUUUUUUUUUCAAAAAUAUAUCAUUCGAUGCAGAAUUUCGCCCCCUACAGUACCUUUUGCAGUUCGGCAUCUGGCCCGGUAUCGUAAUCCUCACCCAAACCGAAAUCAUGCCCAAAUCAUGGCGUUGGAACGUGCACAUCUAUCUGGACUUCACCUGGUGGGCCAUGGUCUAUCAUUAUACGGUGAUAGCCUGGUCGAGAUGGGCCGCGGUCCAAUGGCCCAAUUGGUUUCGGACUUUGCCUAACUCGACGUGUAUUGCGAUUUGCGCAUUUCCGUGGUUAAUUGGAUUAGUUCAGUCGAUUUUGGAACAUCAAUUCGAGUGGUUUGAACCACUUUAUUAUAGUCCAGAGAGAUAUGGAAUGAUGUCGAAUUGGGAAAGGUAAGGCCUUAUUUUCGGGUUGUUAAGGUAGUUAAGGUCAUUCUUAAGGUACUUAGGGUACUUAAGUUAGUUAAGAACUUAGAGCUCUUAGAAGUCUUCAACUUCGUUAUUUAUCAAAAUUUCAUUUUAAACGAUACUCCGCGUUUACACCUUCUUUUUAAGGUAGUUAAGGUCCUUUUUAAGGUAGUUGGGACCCUUUUUAAGGUUGUUAGGGUGCUUUUUAAGGUAGUUAAGGUACUUAAGGUACCAAAAGUAAUUAAGAACUUAGAGUUCUUAGAAGCGUAAACGCGGAGUGUUGUAGUUUUGGAAAAAAACCAUUUCAAACGAUACUCCACAUUUACACCUUUAAUUUUCAACCGCCAAAAAUUGAAAUUCAAAUAUUUUCUUAUCCUUUAAGGUACUUAAGACCAUUUUUUUAAGGUAUUAGAAGCAUUUUUAAUGAUUUCCUAAUAAUAUUUAAGGUACUUAAGGUCACAUCUAAGGUAGCUAAGGUCUCUUUAAGGUACUUAAGACCCUUUUAGGGUAUCCAAGACAUUUUCAUUGGUUUAUUACUCAUUUUUAGGCUAGUUAAUGCUUAUUCAAAGUAGCUAAGGUAUUUUUUAAGGUUUUUAAGGUAUUGCAAAAAUAGUUGAGACCUUCGUAAGGUAACUAAGGUACAUAAGUCAAAGUUUAAGGUAGCUAAGGGCUUUUUGAAGUACUCAAGGUCACUUUUAAGAUGCUAGAUGCAUUUUUAAUGGUUUCCUAAUCAUUUUCAAGGUAGUUAAGGCUUAGUUAAGGUAUCUUAAAGUACUUAAGCCCUUUUUAAGGUAAAUAAGGUCUCUAGGGUCAAUUUUCAUCAAAAUUUCACCUAAAAUCCCAAAAAAUCCCUUUCAGAUAUCAAAACGAGGGGACCCACACCUACUACAUGGUGUGCAAUGUGAUUUUGAUGGUCCUUCCGUUUCCGCUUUACGCGGCCGCGUUGGCAGUGCUUUUCAAGCGUCAAACGAAACGCCGUGAGUUUUUUUUGAAAUUUUUUGGCGCCAAAAAUUGAUCUACAGUACCUUUAUCGAUUUUUUUGCAGAAAUCCGAUCAAAGUACACACAAACUCCAAUUUGCACGUCAUCCUACGCCGCUCAGCAGCGACAAUUAUCGAUUGAAACGAGAUUGUUGGUCCCUUGUAUCAUUAAUACGAUUUUAUUUGUUGUUGGACAGGUUAGGCGUGGAAGGGGCUUUAAAAUGAGUCUAGAUAGGCCUGGGUUGGGCCUAGAAGGGCCUGAGAUAGGCCUAGGCUUAUAGAGCUUGAAGAGGGCUUCAAAAUGAGUCUAAAUAAGGCUAGGCCUAGGUUUAUAGGGCCUGAGAUAGGCCUAGGCUUAUAGAAAUUGAAAGGGGCUUUGGAAUGAGUCUAGAUAGGCCUGGGUUGGGGCUAGAAGGGCCUAAGAUAGGCCUAGGCUUAUAGAGCUUGAAGAGGGCUUCAAAAUGAGUCUAAAUAAGGCUAGGCCUAGGUUUAUAGGGCCUGAGAUAGGCCUAGGCUUAUAGAAAUUGAAAGGGGCUUUGGAAUGAGUCUAGAUAGGCCUGGGUUGGGGCUAGAAGGGCCUAAGAUAGGCCUAGGCUUAUAGAGCUUGAAGAGGGCUUCAAAAUGAGUCUAGAUAAGGCUAGGCUUGGGCUUAUAGGGCCUGAGAUAGGCAUGGGCUUGUAGAGCUUGAAGAGGGCUUCAAAAUGAGUCUAGAUAAGGCUAGGCUUAGGCUUAUAGGGCCUGAGAAAGGCCUAGGUUUACAGGCCUUCAAAAUAAGCCUAGAGAAGGGCCUGAGAAAAGCCUAGGCUUAUAGGGCUUCAAAAUGAGUCUAGAUAAGCCUAGGCCUAGGCCUGGCCCACCAAAACAAAUCAUAUUUGAUCUCAAAAUGCGUCAAAUUUUCGCGCGCCAAAAACUACAGUACCCCCUACAGUAACACAAUUAUUUCCAGGUCUUCAUAACACAAUGCUCAAAACACGGAAAAUGGAUGAAUUGGGCGGUGAUGGUGGUGUUCGCCACAAAUUCCUUUGUCAAUCCACUUUUAUACCUGUUUUUCAGCAGUGUGAUACGCAAAGGUGUUCUCUCGAAUUGCCGCAAAAAUUUCAGCCUUUCAGCAAUCUAUAAUGAUUAUGAGUUGAGAAGUUCGUCGCCGAGAAGUUCGAGUUUGAUGUUGAAGAUCAAUCAUCGAGAUUCAACUGUUUGUUCGAACCUUAAUGGACGCUUAAAUUCCGGUUAA